AUGGACGAAAAUAUUACACUACCUUGGCUUAAACGAUUGGAUAUGGCUAUUGAUAUUGCAAAUCCUUUGGACCAUCUUAACAAUUAUGGCAUCAUCCACCGCAAUGUGAAGUCCAGCAAUUUUCUCCUAGAUGUGAACUGUUGUGCUAAAGUUGGUAACCUUCAUUUAUUGCAGAAACUUCCGGAUGGAGUUCCUGUGGAUGCCACCCAUGUUACUAGUGAUAGAGCAGGGUCAAGUGGUUAUAUGGACCCAGAGUAUUUGACAAAGGGCCAGCUUAGCGUAAAAAAUGAUGUUUAUAGCUUUGGGGUGGUGUUGUGUGAGCUUCUAUCAUCAAAGCUAGCGAAAGACUGGGUUCUGAAUGAAGUGGAUAAUCUUGUUUCCAUUUUAAGCAGAAAAAUUGAAAACCAAGCUUUGGUGGAGCUGUUAGAUCCAAGACUUGGCUUCGAAUCAAACCUUAAGAUCAAACAGGUUAUGACUGUUACAGCUAAACUUGCCCUUAAGCGCAUGAAAUUAAUGUCCACAAGAAUUAAGGUCUGUUUCUUGGAUGCCCAAGAGAUAGCACCUCCUCCUAGGAGGAAUACCCAACCACUUGUGGAUGAAUAA